AUGGCUGGUGUGGCAAGUUCUAGUGACAGAACCGGCCUUGAGAACUGUCCCAUCGAGAAGAUGGAUAUCGCCCACGAAGAGCAGAUCGCCAACACGUCCAAAACGAAUAAUGAGGAUGUCGCUUUCCUGGAAAACUUUUCCGAGGACCGGAGAAAGACAAUCAUCCGAAGGGUUGAUAUUCAUCUCAUUCCGAUGCUCCUCGUGCUGUAUCUCGUUGCGUAUCUUGACAAGACUAACAUUGAGGGACUCACGACCGGUUUACGAAUGAGCGGAAAUGAGUAUAACAUCGCCCUGUCUAUCUUCUUCAUCCCUUAUGUGCUAGCGGAGGUUCCGAGCAAUAUGCUUCUGAAUAAAUUCGCUAAACCGUCACGUUUCAUCGGCAUGCUUGUCAUCUGCUGGGGUAUUGUCAUGACAUGUACCGGAUUUGUACAGAAUUUUGCUGGCCUUGCCACCAUUCGCUUUCUUUUGGGAUUGUUUGAGGCUGGGUUCUUCCCCGGCGCUAUUCUUCUCAUAUCAAAGUGGUACCUACCAGAGGAGACUCAGUCACGCAUAGCGCUUCUCUACACCUCAGCCGCUACCGGGGGCGCUUUCUCCGGCCUUCUUGCAUACGCCAUAGCGAAAAUGAACGGCAUUGGAGGUUAUCAGGGCUGGCGAUGGAUUUUUAUCAUCGAAGGGCUCGCCACAACCGCUUUGGGGAUCGCUUGCUUCCUUUUCUUGGCUGAUUCUCCUUCGAAAUCUAGCUGGCUCAAACCUGAUGAAGUCCGCUACCUAGAGCUUCGACAAGUCGCCCGAUCUAGCAACAAUCCCCGAAAGCAACACGAUGGGAUCUUCGAUAGACAUGCCUUCCUGGAAGUUGUCAAAGACUGGAAGAUUUAUCUGCUUAUAUUGGCGACCUGGUCUAACGCCGUUCCCAAUUACGCCAUGAAGUUUACUAUGCCCACGAUUGUCAAGUCCAUGGGCUUCACAUCCGCUAACGCGCAACUACUUACUAUACCUCCUUACGUCUGCGGUGCUCUUUCAGCUUAUGUUCUAUCUUUGCUAGCGGAUGGAUCGAGGUGGCGGAUGCCAUUCAUUGUGGGACCCCAAUGUUGCGUCAUCGUAGCAUUCUCAACAUUGUUCACCAAAGCGGCCGCCAUACAAACAGAUACUGCCCUAUGUUACUUCGCCGUCUGUCUGGCUUGCGCCGGCAUGUACCCAAUUUUCCCCGGUGUCAAUGCUUGGAACAUUGCUAACCAGGCCGGCCCCAUCAAAAGAGCUAUCAGUAUUGGCUAUCUUGUGUGUGCCGGUAAUAUCGGGGGCGUGAUUGGUUCGUACAUUUAUCAGGAAGAUGAGGCACCGAAGUAUCCGACGGGGUACGGUAAUUCUCUUGCUUUUGCCUCGGCCGGGCUGAUCGCCGCCCUAGCGCUCGAGUACUUGUUGAUGAAGAGCAACGCAAGGAAUGCAAAGAUGACCGAGAAUGAAUUACGCACCAGAUUUACAGAGGAGGAGUUGGACAAGAUGGGUGACAGAAGCCCUCUCUACAAAUAUUCGUUGUAG